AUGUAUUCUUACCUUCUCGAUAAGUUCUUUUCUCAGGUCCUCAAGGCUGACAUCUGGAGAAUGUUGAGUCGAGAUGACGACGGUAUGGACACGAACUGGGACGCAAGCUCCACCUUCGGAAGCGUACUCGAUGGUGACUUGAGUUUUAGAAUCGGGCCGGGCCCAUUCGAGUUCCCCGGAACGACGAAGUUCGUGAAGUUUGUAGUUCAACUUAUGAGAGAGAAGGAGCGUCAAUGGCAUAGCUUCUUCAGUUUCAUCGGUGGCGUAUCCGAACAUGAUUCCCUGAUCUCCAGCUCCAACAUCGUCGUUGCUCUUGUCCAGGUGAACACCUGCGGCUAUCUCCGGCGAUUGUUGCUCAAGAGCGACAAGAACGUUGCAAGUUUUGUAGUCAAAUCCUGA